AUGGCCGAGCUUGUGGCCGCGAUCCGCCAAGCUAUCCCGGCGCUGUCCAAGGACCUGCACAAGGGACAGUACGGCAAGGUGGCCAUCAUCGGCGGCUCGCUCGAGUACACGGGCGCGCCGUACUAUGCUGCCAUCUCGGCGCUCAAAACGGGCGUCGACCUCUGCCAUGUGAUUUGCACGGUCGAGGCUGCGAUCCCGAUCAAGUGCUACAGCCCCGAGCUCAUUGUGCACCCGCUCUUGACGCCGGCGCCGGACGCCAUCGAUCGCAUCGCAGCCGUGCUGCCACGUAUCGACGCCGUGGUCGUCGGUCCCGGUCUCGGCCGCGAGCCGUUCGUUCUCGACUUGGUCAAGCAAGUGGUCGGCGUCGCCAAAGCCCGCGCCCUGCCGAUCGUCCUGGAUGGCGACGCGCUCUACUUGCUCUCGACAGACCUGACCUUGAUUGCUGGCUACAGCCACGCCGUGCUCACGCCCAACAUCGUCGAGUAUGGCCGGCUCUGCGUGGCCACGGGGCUUUUGAAGGAACUCAAUUUGGUUUUGGCCGCGCUGAUUCCACCCUCGCAGCUGUCGCAAAAGCUCGGGCACGUGGCCAUUCUUCGCAAGGGCGAGGUCGACAUGGCCUCGGACGGUGUCUCGACCUUUACAAACACACUGGACGGCAGUCCCCGGCGCUGCGGUGGACAAGGCGAUGUUGUGGCUGGCACCGUCGGCGCCUUCCUCGCGUGGCAUCGCAUCGCGUGCCACGGCGACGAGACGUCACGAAUGAACCCAAUGCUUCGGGCGGCCAUGGGCGGCGCCCUCCUGACGCGCCAGAGCUCGGUGCUCGCGUUUGCCAAGAAGGGCGGAGCAUGA